GAUCUCCACUGAUCCAGCAAGAUUUCUGGACAAUUUAUUUGGUGGGAGUACGAUCCAUUGACCCACAGAGAAAAGCAGCUGUAGCCUAUUAAAGACAUUGCAACAUAGGAAGCAGAGUAGAUUGCGUCUGACAAGACUGGGAGUGGAUGUCUAAGCAAACACAAAGCUGUGCGCAUCUGUGAGUAAACAGCAGUUGCAUUCCUCUAUUUACAUCUGCACAUUGUUUUGGGUGUGCAUCUAUUUCACAAAACAAGCACAUUCAAGGUGUCGGAGUCUUCUGGUCUGGGGCAACAUGACUUUUGCAGAACUUUUAGAGCAGGUCGGCAGUAUGGGCCGUUUCCAAAUUAUCCAUGUUAUGUUACUGGUCCUGCCAAUAUUACUGAUGGCCAGCCACAACAUCCUGCAGAACUUUACCGCUGCUACCCCUGGGCACCACUGCCAUAUUGCCAUUGUUGCUAACUACACUUGUGAUGACAACUUUACUGACGUCCUAUAUUGCCAGGAGCUCCUCAGGAUCUCCAUCCCCGUGGAUGGGAACCAGCAGCCGGAGAAGUGUCUCCGAUUCAUCUCCGCCCAGUGGCAGCUCCUAGACCCAAAUGCCACAACAACCAAUGGGACUGAAAUGGAAACGGAGCCCUGUAUGGAUGGAUGGAUAUAUGACAAGAGUGUUUUCACCUCCACCAUCAUCACCGAGUGGGAUCUGGUGUGUGGCUCACGGACAUUGAAACAGAUGGCUCAGUCGAUCUAUAUGGCCGGAGUCCUGGUGGGAGCGAUUGUGUUUGGAAGUCUCUCUGACAAGUUUGGACGGAAGUCACUCUUGAUCUGGUCCUGUCUGCAAAUGGCCAUCACCGGCUCUUGCGCUGCUUUCUCAUCUAACUUUACCAUGUACUGCGUUUUCCGCUUCCUGACUGGAAUGGCUCUGUCGGGGAUCAACCUCAACUGUGUGUCCCUCUCUGUGGAGUGGACCCCCACCAAACUCCGGGCAGCAGUUGGCAUGGUGACAGGAUAUAGCUACAGCAUCGGGCAGUUCAUUCUGGCUGGGCUAGCCUAUGUCAUCCCAGAUUGGCGCUGGCUGCAGCUGGCUGUUUCGGUGCCCUAUUUCUUCUUCUUCUUCUAUGGCUGGUGGUUCACAGAGUCGGCCCGCUGGCUUGCAACAGCCGGCAAACUGAACCAGGCAUUAAAGGAGUUGCAGAAAGUGGCACGAAUAAAUGGGCGAAAGGAAGAAGGGGACAAACUCAGCGUAGAGGACUUGAGAGCCAGCCUGCAAAAAGAAAUGUCCUCAGCCAAAUCCACACACACAGCUGCCGAUCUGGUGCGCACACCGUCUGUACGCAGGAUAUCCUGGUGCCUGUGCUUCGUAUGGUUCUCCACCAGCUUUGCCUAUUAUGGGCUGGCCAUGGAUCUGCAGAAUUUUGGGGUCAGUAUUUACCUCAUCCAAGUGGUAUACGGAGCAGUCGACAUCCCUGCAAAGCUGAUUGGUUUCUUCAUGAUCAGUUUCAUUGGCCGGAGAGUCACCCAGGCUUCUGCUCUCAUCCUAGCAGGGCUUGCGAUCCUGGCCAACAUAUUUGUGCCACAAGAUCUGCAGACCCUGCGCACUCUUCUGGCUGUGUUUGGAAAAGGUUGCCUGGCUGCCUCAUUCAACUGUGCCUUCCUCUAUACGGGAGAGCUCUACCCCACGGUGAUUAGACAGACCGGAAUGGGGUUUGCGAACACCCUGGCUCGGGUGGGCGGCAUAGUGGCCCCGCUUGUGCAAAUGACCAGUGAGUACUUGCCGUCCCUGCCGCUGAUCAUCUAUGGAGCUGCCCCUAUUGUAUCCGGCAUCGCCACCUGCUUCCUCCCUGAGACCCGUAACAUGCCACUGCCGGACACCAUAGAAGACGUCGAGAGGCAGAGAAGGUCCAGAGUGAUUACAGAUGUAGGACGGAAAGACAAGGUUCCGCUGAAAGCCUCCAGAUUGGAACCACUCAAGGAAAUCAUUUAAGAAGAGAAACUAAACAGACUUUAGGUCUUGAUACCAAUUAGAUUAAAAUCAAACACCCUCAUGUUUUACCGGCUAGGGUCAGAGAUUGUUUCUGUGGAAGGGGUAUUCAUGAGACAUCAUGUCAGCCUUUUGUAUCCACUUUCAGCAAAGCGAAUAAAGUCAACUGUGCCUCCAAAAGG